CCCUGCCCUGCCGCGUGGAUAUAUUGCUAUCUAUUAGCCCGCCGACGGCCCAGUCAGUUCUAGUUGUCAGAGACAGGGCAGUCUGACAGAUCUAUCUCUCGAUAUCUCCGAUGCCUGGCAGCGACCGAGAGCCGAACAGCAGGACGUUGUAAUUCCUGAGGAAUCCCAAAAUGUCUUGCGCAAGCGCACGCCCUACUUAUUAUCGUCUGCAUCACCUACCUAUUUGCCGCACCACGGAAAGAAAAAAAAACGGCUUAUUCUUCUCACUCUUUCUCACUCCUCUCCUCUCGUGCACAAGCGGACAAAAAUGCAAGAAAAUAGUUCGACCAGCCUCUACUCUGCCCCCUCCCCUCCCUUCCCCGUCUGUGUGUGCGGUGCGGGGUCUCCGAUGUAGCCGCGCAAAACGACAACGGCAAAACAAGACAACAGCAGCGGAACACAUUCAUUCGGCGUCCUCGCCCACAAACUCGACUAGCUGCCGCAUUUCUUCUCGCUCCCGUCUCGCUAAUUCGCCGUCGCACGAGCCGAAGACGGGGGCGGUAAGGACCAGGUGCAUGAAGACCCGAAGAGGCUAUGCCUCAGCGACAUGUCGCCGUCUCGACCACCCGGAACAGGUAGGCUAUCUGGAAGUGAUGCGGAUUGCUGACAGAAAUGACGAUGGCAAGAAGUGAGACUUUUUUUCACCACCUUGUGAUCAUAGGCUAGGUCGGCGGGAGGAGGGGCUGUGAUCUAGGCCUCCUGGGUCGGUUGCCGCGGUCUCAUUGGUGAUGGCGGAUUUCCGUGCGCC